AGAGCUUGUUAUAUAUCAUCAGUUUUACUUUUCUGUUAUUUUGUCAAAGUCUGUCUUUACCUUAUUUGCUUUCAUCUAUUAUUGUUUUCUUAACCUUAUUAAGGAAUAAUUUACAUACAAUAAAUUAUUUAUAUGAAUCAUAUAAUGUGAUGAGUUCUGACUGUUGUAUACACCCAUGAAACCAUCACCACAAACAAGACCCAAAACACUUCCAUCACCCCAAAAUAUUGUGCCCCUUUGCAGUCCAUCCCUCUCUCCACCCUCGGCUCCAAACCAACACUAUCUUAUCUUGGUCCCUUUGGAUUAUGUCUGCCUUAUUUCACUCAGCAUGAUUUUGAAAUUCAUUCAUGUUGCAUGUAUGAAUAGUAUAUUCCUUUAAUUGCUGAGUGGUAGUCCAUUGUGUAGAUUUUCCACAUUUUGUUUAUCCAUUCAACUGAUGAUGGCCAUUUGGGUUGUUUCUAGUUUGGGGCUAUUAUGAAUAAAGCUACUCUGAAGCUGUCAUGUGCACGAUUUUAUGUGGAUAUAUGUUUUCAUUUCUCUCAGAUAAAUACCAUCUUCUUGUUUUCUGUUUGCCUUCUCUUUUAUUUUUGUUCCUCUAUUUACCCUUUCCUGUCUUCUUUUGAAUUGUCUGAAUAUUUUUUAGAAUUCCAUUUUAAUCUACUGACUUUUAAAAACAAUUUUCUUUUUUUAUCUACUGGCUUUUUAGGUAUACCUUUUUUACAUUAUAUUUUCAACGGUUGCUGUAGGGCAGUGAUGCUCAAAAUGUGGUCUUGAGACCCAGCAGUAUCGCCUUGGAACUCGUUAUAAAUGAAGGUCCUCAGGCCCCCUCCCAGACCUACUGAGUCAGAAAUUCUGUGCAUGGGGCACAGUAAUCUUUGUUAUAGCAAGUCAUCCAGGUGAUUCUGAUGCCCUCUAAAGUUUGAAAAUCAUGGCUCUAAGGUCCUUAACUUUUCAAUCUAAUGAGAAUAUUAUGAAUGACUAUACCUGUAUUUUUACUUUCUUAUUACAGUUUUUUCCAACUUAAUUUUGGGUUUAACUGCAUUCAGUGUUACUUUCCAGUCUUUUCACGUUACUUCUCUACUGAUGAGUCUUCAAGAUUCCAUCUUCAUGGUAACUUUCUAGGGAGCAUUUCUUAGUGUGAUGUGUAAUUAUUUUGAGGGGAGGGUGGAUGUUGGAGUAGCAUUGAGGCAGGGCAGUGGGAGUUAACAGCCUAAAUCCAAGCAUAUUGUCUUUAGAAUUUUUUUCCUACCAAAGCUCAUUCUCUGCUAUGUUAAUAUGUCCAGAUCAGUGGUUGUAUUCUAUUUAAUUCCUGCCAUUUACCCCAUUCAUGCGAGCAGAUCAUUCUAAUGAAAGGAUGAAUUAGUGUGGUGUUUCGUGUAUUAUUUAUUGAUUUACUAUUUAUUCCACAGAUAUUAAGCACCUUCUUUUUACCCAGCCUGUUGUCAGCCCUGGGUAUAUAAAGAUUGGGAGUAUAUCUUUGAAAACAGUGAAUUUUCAUCAAAGCCAGAUAUUUAUGAAGAAUCAUCCAAAUUAGUGACAAUGGGGAGAAGUCAUCUUAGUUAUGGCCUUGACUGCUCCAGUGUGAGAGAUGGCUGUGACAGUGAGAACUGGUUUAGGAACCAGUUAGGAAGUCAGAAAGUACAUCCUAAUCAGUUGAUCAUCACUCAUAAAGAAAUUCUCACUGAAGAUCCAAGCAAUGAAUAUAAAAAAUCUUGGCAAACUUUUCAUCAGGAUGCAAUACUUGAUAUACAACAGAGUGUUCCCAUCAAAGGAAGAGUUCCUAAGCAUGAACCACAAAAGAAAAAUCACCGAAAAAAAAUUUUUGAAACGAAACGUAAGAAAGUCUAUAUAGAAAAGAAACUUUUGAAAUGUAAUGAAUGUGAGAAAGUCUUCAACCAGAGCUCAUCCCUUACUCUUCAUCAGAGGAUUCAUACUGGAGAAAAACCCUAUGCAUGUGUGGAAUGUGGGAAAACCUUCAGCCAGAGUGCAAACCUAGCUCAGCAUAAGAGAAUACAUACUGGGGAGAAACCCUAUGAAUGCAAAGAAUGUAGGAAAGCCUUCAGCCAGAAUGCACACCUUGCUCAACAUCAGAGAGUUCAUACUGGAGAGAAACCUUAUCAGUGUAAAGAAUGUAAAAAAGCCUUCAGCCAGAUUGCACACCUGACUCAACACCAGAGAGUUCAUACUGGAGAGAGGCCUUUUGAAUGUAUUGAAUGUGGAAAGGCCUUUAGUAAUGGUUCAUUUCUUGCUCAGCAUCAGAGAAUUCACACAGGAGAAAAACCUUAUGUAUGCAAUGUGUGUGGGAAAGCCUUUAGCCAUCGUGGAUACCUAAUUGUACAUCAGAGAAUUCAUACAGGAGAGAGACCUUAUGAAUGUAAGGAAUGUAGGAAAGCAUUCAGUCAAUAUGCACACCUUGCUCAACAUCAGAGAGUUCAUACUGGAGAAAAACCUUACGAAUGUAAAGUAUGUAGGAAAGCCUUCAGCCAGAUUGCAUACCUUGAUCAGCAUCAGAGGGUUCAUACUGGAGAGAAACCCUAUGAAUGUGUUGAAUGUGGGAAGGCCUUUAGCAAUAGUUCAUCGCUUGCACAGCAUCAGAGAAGUCAUACUGGAGAGAAACCCUAUAUGUGUAAGGAAUGUAGGAAAACAUUUAGCCAGAAUGCAGGCCUUGCUCAGCAUCAGAGAAUACAUACUGGAGAGAAGCCUUAUGAAUGUAAUGUUUGUGGGAAAGCUUUUAGCUACAGUGGAUCUCUUACUCUACAUCAGAGAAUACAUACCGGAGAGAGACCUUAUGAAUGUAAGGACUGCAGGAAAUCUUUCAGGCAGCGUGCACACCUUGCUCAUCAUGAGAGGAUUCAUACUAUGGAGUCAUUCUUGACUCUUUCUUCUCCCUCAUCCUCCACAUCCAAUCAUUUGCCAAAACCUCUAGGUUAUAUCUCCUAAAUAUGUCUGGAAUCUGAGUGCUUUAAUCCAUUCCAUCGUCUUCGUCCAAGCCACAAUAUUCUAUUUGUCAUGAACUGUGGAAAUAGCUUUCUAACUGUUCUCCCUGUAUUCAUCAUUGCCUCCCUCAGUUGUCCAAAUUACAAACUUAUGUUUUUAAAAAUACAAACCAUAUCAUUUCUCCUUCAUUAAAACCCUUCAGUGGCAUCCCAUAGUUCUUAGGUUAAAGCGCACAUCACAUUUCCCAAAAUAGCCUAAACCUGCCUUCCUUACUAGGCUACCUUUCAAAGGCCUAUCUCAUGUCAACCAUCUUAUUCUCUGGAUUCUUACCUAGAAUUAAGAACUCAUAUUCCAGUAUCCAAGAGAUCUGGGUGCCAAUUUUUGCUCUUUCACUUUUUAGUCCUCUAAUUUUGGGGAAGUAUCCUGUCCUUGUUAGCUUCAGUCGUCUUAUUUAUAUUAUUGGAAUAAUAAUGGUACUACCUCAAAAGUUAAUAGGAGAGUUAAAUGAAAAAUGCAUAUAUAUUGCUCAGCAGAGUGCCUAACAAAGUAUCAAUUCAAUGAAUAUAUAAAAUAAAAAGAUUACGAUGGUAUACAAGGAAGAACUGAUCAUUUCAGCCAUGAUCAGCCAAGGAAGAAAGGGAAAAGGAACAGCUCAAGAUUGGGAGACUAUAAGGAUUUCUUUAUUAGAAACAGUAGUCAUUGUCCUAAAGGUGGGUGAUGAAGCUAUAUGUACAGUAGGACUGACAUUAGAUCCUAUAAUGAUACAAGGCAAGGUAGUGGCAUCUCAUCAUUUCAGCCUGAAUAUAUAGACAUAAUACUUUUAUGUUAAGAAAAACUAACUUUAUUAUAUACUCGACAGUUCUAAGAAGCCAGAUUUUAAAAAAUAAUUUUAAUAGGACAGAAUUUCCUGAGGUGUAUGCAUCAUUUUACAUUUGAACUAAGGAAAAAGUACUAGAAAAGAGAAAACUUGAAAAGAUCAAUAAAGAAGAAUCGAAAAUAAAA